AGAAAUAAAUUGUCUUAAAAAGGAGGGAAACGAAAACCUAAAACCCUAAAACCUUUUCAUUUUUCCAGUUUUUCUCUUAGUUUCUCGUCUUCUCUAGUUCGAAUUCUUAUUCGAAUGAUUCUGUCUUCUGGGUAGUUCGAAAAUUUUCCAUCUUUUUGUUUGCCUGUGGUUGCAAAGUGCAGAUUUUUUAAAAAAAAUUCGGCAAGUGUAGCAGAUAGAAGCUUAAGUGCCUUUUCAUGGCGAGGAUUCUCCGAAGCGUUUCUUCACUGAGACACUCUCUGUUCUCGUCUGAGGUAUUUAGUAGAGGUGUGGUUGGCACAUCGUUUCAGCUCCGUGGUUUUUCUGCCAAAGCUAAAAAGAAAUCUAAGUCAGAUGGAAAUGGAUCAUCUGAGGAAGGUAUGUCGAAAAAGGAGGUUGCUCUUCAGCAAGCAAUUGAUCAGAUCACGACUUCAUUUGGCAAAGGGUCCAUCAUGUGGCUGGGUCGUGCUGUUUCUCCUAAAGAUGUCCCGGUUUACUCUACCGGGUCUUUUGCCCUCGAUUUAGCAUUGGGAGUCGGUGGCCUUCCUAAGGGACGUGUUGUGGAGAUAUAUGGUCCUGAAGCGUCUGGAAAAACAACACUUGCUCUUCAUGUAAUUGCAGAAGCACAGAAACAAGGAGGAACCUGUGUCUUUGUAGAUGCUGAGCAUGCUCUUGAUUCGUCACUUGCUAAGGCAAUCGGUGUAAAUACAGAAAAUCUGCUUCUUUCACAGCCUGAUUGUGGUGAACAGGCCCUUAGUCUAGUGGACACUUUAAUCCGAAGUGGUUCAGUUGAUGUUAUUGUUGUUGACAGUGUGGCUGCUCUUGUACCUAAAGGAGAGCUUGAGGGCGAGAUGGGUGAUGCUCAUAUGGCUAUGCAAGCAAGACUGAUGAGCCAAGCUUUGCGUAAAUUGAGCCACUCUUUAUCGCUAUCGCAAACACUUCUGAUCUUUAUAAAUCAGGUGAGAGCAAAACUAUCGACGUUUGGAGGAUUCGGGGGUCCGACAGAAGUUACUUGUGGUGGAAAUGCCUUGAAGUUUUAUGCUUCAAUGCGUCUAAAUAUUAGGCGAGUCGGACUUGUCAAGAAAGGCGAAGAGACAACGGGAAGUCAAGUUGCUGUGAAGAUUGUGAAGAACAAACUCGCGCCGCCAUUCAGAACAGCGCAGUUUGAGCUCGAGUUUGGGAAAGGAAUCUGUAAGGUCACGGAGAUAAUCGAACUGAGCAUAAAACACAAGUUCAUCGCCAAAAACGGAACGUUCUACAAUCUAAACGGGAAGAACUACCAUGGAAAAGAGGCUCUGAAGAAGUUUCUGAGACAGAAUGAACCGGUUCAAGAAGAGCUCAUGAACAAGCUCAAAGACAAGCUCAUCGUCGAUGAAGCUGCAGAUAAGGAAUCUGAAUCUGAGGAAGAAGGAGAUUCAGUUCUGGUUUCAUCUGAGAACACAGAUGAUGAAUCACCAGCUGUAGUUGUUGCUGCCGCAGUGGUUGAAGCAUGAUCAGAGACCUCCGGUUUAGUAUAAUAUUCUACUUUUGGUGUAGACUUUCUCGGUUUAAUGCGGUUUGGAUUCGGUUGCCCUCUCUCCUCAUGUAAUUUAGGUGUGAGAUAAUCACAUUUACAUAUAAAAUGGUUGCUGUGGCUGAGAAAUUUUUGUAGUUUUAUGAGGAAUUUUAAUGUUAAGGAUGAA